AUGCGGUUAAAUCUCCUUCAUCUGAGGAACCGGCUUUUCAUCACUCCAUGGCUAGAAAGGAGUGUCCUUUCCUUCUCCUUCUGCCCAUUUUCGGCGAACCAAACGGCUUCUUACGGCAGCAGAAGCAAAGCAGGUGGGACGAAUAAAAAACGUCCCACCGUAUUCCACAAAUCGAUGAUGUUCGGAAACCAUCUGCUUGUGGACGGAGAAAUGGACGAAAACAGGGUGCUUUCACCCUUGUCCUUCCAAGUGGUGCUCAGCCUCCUGGCCGCUGGCUCCGGCGGCUAUACCCGCCGUCAGCUUCUCACCUUCUUCGACGCCGAUUCCGUCGAUCAGCUCAAUCACUUCGCCUCCCGAAUUUCCGAGGACGUCAUGGCCGAUGGUGAUCCCGCCGUCGGCCCUCGUAUGCGUUGCUCCAAUGGCUUGUGGCUUGACCAAUCCCUUACUUUGAAGCCCUCUUUUAAACAGAUUCUAGACUCUGAUUAUAGAGCCGCUCUGAACCCGGUGGACUUUCAGACCAAGGCUCCUAAUGUGAGGCAGCAAAUUAAUUCCUGGGUGGAAAAUGAGACAAAUGGCCUGGUUAAAGACCUUAUCCGUGAGGGGUCUCUCAACAACUCAGUAAAACUCGUCUUUACAAAUGCAUUAUACUUCAAAGGAGCAUGGGAUGAGGAUGAAAGUCCACCCCUUCCAAGCACAGAGGAUCGACGGAACGAAAACUUCACGAGGGUUCCCUUCAUGAUUGGGAAGAGGAGAGAAUUUGGUAGAUGGUACGACGGUUUUGAAAGGUUCUGUCAG